AUGGGCGCUCGCCCCAGCUUGGGCUCUGCGCCUUGCCGGGCAACGGGGGCGGGGAGGGCGCCUCGGGUGACAGAGUCCAGCCCAGGAUGCAUGGAUGCGGGGCCGAGAGGAGCACCUUUUCCGACGGAGACGUUUUGCUGAGAAGCGCGCGCUUCCGUGCGCUGCAGCGCCCUUCGUCAGAGGCACCCAAGAGCGGCGAGAUGGAUGCAGGAUCGAAAUUGGUGGCGAUUUCAGAGUUAACUUGAACCGACGGCGGAACCUUCGGUCUGGCCCCAGAAUUGUCCUCCGCGAGUUGCUGAGCAGGCAAGGAGCAGAAAAAGCAAUGCAGGACGGGGUUGGAAGCAGUGCCAAAAGAAAAGUGGAGGCAGAAGGAAGACAAACUAAUGUCCUUCAAAGUAAGACCAUUGGAAGGCUGCUGACUGGAGCAGAUCCAGAAGACUUUAAGAAGGAAUCAGAGGUGGGGCCACAGCAGAGCGGUGAAACCCAUGGGCAGGAGUUUCUGAAGGUAGUUCAGAGCCCUCAGCCUGGAUGGAAACAUCCACAACUACCUCAGUCCCAAACAAAGGAAAAUUUUAAUGUUGUUCAGACCCCCCUCUCAGGGGAAGCUGGAGCCAGGCAGGGCCUUAGUGAGAAGAUGGGGUCCCACAGCUUGCCGGGUCUCAGGGGAAGAUCUCCAGAGGUCUCUGACUCUCCUGUGGAAAUGAAGGAGGAGGCUCUGUAUGAAGAAGAUGGAUUUGGUUGGAAGAUGGAACAACGGCAUUCCUGGGAAUUCUGGUUCCAGAAUGACAAGGGAACUCAAGAGCAAUUCCAGGUACCUGUGUCCAUCUUGGGAAAGGAUGCCGGAGAAUCAAAGAAGAUGCAGCCACCUAACCAAACUCACCUAGAAGGUAACGGACAAGGGAAGGCAGCCCUGGCAGGAAAUAUUGAGCUGAAAAGUUUGGAGCAUAUGGAAAGAUUCAAAGAGACAUUACAGGAGAAAGCCAAAAGUAAUCAUUUUCGAUUUCAUGACAAGGCAGAAACACCUGGACAUCAGCAGGGAGGAGAAAAUAAUUUGGGCGGCAGUCUAGGGCUCGUAGGGAAGCAAUCCUCUUUUUGUGAGGAAGGAGACAGUGGCUUGAAUGAAGAUGCCAUUCAGCAGGGGAUUAAGCAGAUCUUUGAUCUCCUUGAGAAUCCAAAAAUGUCAGUGGCGCAGAAGCCCCACAAAUGCUCAUAUUGUGGGAAAAGCACAAGUUGCAGAUCACAGCUGAUUAUGCAUGAGAGGAUCCACACCGGAGAAAAACCAUACCAGUGUGAUGAGUGUGGCAAAAGCUUUGGCCGAAACAGCUCCCUGGUGGUUCACCGAAGGACCCACACUGGAGAGAAACCGUACGAAUGCUCUGACUGUGGGAAGGUCUUUCGCUGCAGCUCCCACCUUUUUAUACAUAAAAGGACCCACACUGGAGAGAAGCCCUACCAGUGCUCUCGAUGUGGCAAGAGCUUUAGCGAGCAUGCCACCCUGGUGAUACACAAGAGAACUCAUACUGGGGAGAAACCAUUUGAUUGUCCAGAGUGCGGGAAAAGCUUCAAUACUAGUUCAAAUCUCACCAGCCACGUGAAGUUGCACACAGGAGAGAAACCCCACAAAUGUUUGCAAUGUGGGAAAAGUUUCAGUCGGAAUUCUAACCUGGUGAUACACCAGAGGACUCACACAGGAGAGAAACCAUAUGAGUGUCCGGAUUGUGGGAAAGGUUUCACAACUAGCUCUAAUCUACUAAGUCAUGUAAGUUUACACACGGGGGAGAAGCCAUUCAGAUGCCCGAACUGUGGUCAGCAUUUCAGUCACAACUCUACUCUUAUUAAACACAAGAGGACACAUAUAGGUAGUCCUCAAAUUACAACCACAAUUGGGACUGGAACUUCCAUUGUUGAGCAGUGCAGUCGUUAA